UAAAUAUUCAUACUACGAUCUCAACUUUCAUCACGAAACAUUCACUUCAUAAUCCAAACUCAAUCCAAUGGCUUCUUUCAGUUCCUCCCUUUUCUUCCUUGCUAUCCUCUUUUCUGCUGCCCAUGCUCAACAUGGCCUUGUCCUUCCCAUUCAGAAGGACGCGAAAACAUCUCAAUUCUACGCCACAAUACAGAUGGGCAGCAACCGAACCAAAAUCAACACUGUCAUCGAUCUCGGGGCACAAUUCUUGUGGUUUGCUUGCAAUGAUUACGCAUCCACCACAUAUGCUCCAAUCCCCUGUGGAUCGAGCAAAUGUGAGACUGCUAGGGGAAUGGGCUGUGUGAGCUGCAAUCUGCCCCCACGCCCUGGAUGCACCAACGACACUUGCGCCUCCCCUGCCUACAACCCAUUCCAAGAUGCUCUCGUCGCUGAAGGUUUUGCAGAGGACACAUUGUACUCCAAAAAUCAGGUAGCAGUCCCCCAAUUUCUCUUCUCUUGCAUGGACAGCGGGUAUCUAGAGGGCCUAGCGACGGGUGCCACCGGACUGUUAGGCCUCGCCAGGACUGAAAUCUCUUUUCACAAACAAGUGACGGGCAAGUUGAACUUGCUUGACAAAUUCUCCCUCUGCCUCCCUUCGUCAGGAUUGGGUAAGUUGUCGAUCGGCCCAUCUGCAAAAUCAGGCAUCCCGAAAUCGCUCAAGUCCACGCCCCUGAUCAUAAACCCCGUCAGCAAUGCCCCGAUUUCUUCGGAAAAUGAACCAUCGGAUGAGUAUUUCAUUGACGUUAAAUCCAUUAAGGUCGGCGGGAAAACCUUGUCUGUCAAGGAUUCUUACUUUUCCAUCGACAAAAAUGGAGUCGGGGGCACGAAAAUCAGCACUAUACAGAACUAUACAGCUCUUCACAAUUCCAUCUACAAGCCAUUGACCAGGGCCUUUGUGAAGGCGGCAUCCAACAUGAAGAUUAAGCGCGUGGCGGCUAUUCCGCCAUUCAGGGCCUGUUUCAGCUCAGACUCUAUUUCCAAGACCACGGCGGGGCCGUCUGCGCCAACCAUUGAUUUGGUUUUGCCUGGAAAUGAUGUGUACUGGAGGAUAAACGGAGGCAACUCGUUGGUUGAGAUUGAUCAGAAAACAACCUGCCUUGCGUUUGUGGAUGGAGGUUCAAAUACAAGAACGUCGAUCGUGAUCGGGGCGCAUCAGUUGGAGGAGAACUUGUUGGAGUUUGAUCUGGUUUCUUCCCAGCUUCGAUUCAGUUCUUCACUUUUGGUUCAGAACAAGAGUUGUUCCCGCCUUUAAGAUUUUUGGAUGUCUUUCCUUGUUUCAUGCAUCGUUCCUUUUUCUUUGAUAAGAAAUCUUGACUCUGGAAUCAGAAAGAUACAAAAAUAAGAUGCUCGAAUAAAUUUAUUAUUAAAUA